AUCCAUGAUCUAACGCUGUGGACAGAGCCGGGGAGUAUAUAAAGUCGAUUACGAGCGCGGGUUUGUCAUUCUCGUUUAGCUCGGGCGCUUGCACGCUGCUGGUGCGCUUAUAAAGGGACGGUGUUUGCGAGCACCGCUACGUCAAAGGGGAUUCCCCUCUGGGAUUGCCCUAACAGUUAUUGUCCGCAGGCUGGACAGGUAGCCGUUGCGUGAGGCUCCGAUUGGGAUUCAAAUCGUUGAUCAUGGAGAAGGUAAUAUGUUUGAUAGCUGUGCUAACGUUAUGUGCAGCACGUCCAGAGCCACCAGUAAACUCGUACCUCCCUCCAGGACAAGGCGGUGGCUUUGGCGGCGGCCGACCAAGUGGCGCAAGUCCCUCUGAUCAAUACGGCCCUCCGGACUUCCAAGGCGCUGGCGGUCGUGGCGGUCAAGCAGCUGGCGGUAAUUUUGGAGGUGGCGGCAACGGCUUUGGCGGAGCGCCAUCGAGCAGUUAUGGUCCGCCUGGCUUUGGCAGUAACGAACCCAAUAAAUUUAGCGGUGCUGGAGGCGGUGGAGCCGGAAGACCGCAGGACUCUUACGGACCACCAGCCGGUGGCAACGGCUUCGCCGGUUCAGCAGGAGCUGGAAACAGCGGUCGACCCGGUGGUGCUGCUGCUGGUGGCAGACCCUCCGACUCGUACGGACCACCCCAGGGUGGUGGAAGCGGAUUCGGCGGAGGAAACGCUGGACGACCUUCGGACUCUUAUGGGCCACCCUCGGCUGGAGGUGGUGGAUUCGGCGGUGGAAGCCCCGGUGGUGGAUUCGGCGGUGGUAGUCCCGGUGGUGGAUUCGGAGGUGGAAACCAAGGAGCACCUCAGAGCUCCUACGGACCACCAGCGAGUGGAUUCGGGGGCCAAGGCGGUGCCGGCCAAGGAAGACCGUCCGACUCUUAUGGACCACCUGGAGGUGGAAGCGGCGGUCGUCCAUCUCAGGGUGGAAAUGGAUUCGGCGGUGGAAAUGCUGGAAGACCUUCGGACUCUUACGGACCACCCGCUGCAGGAGGCGGCGGCUUUGGUGGCAACGCUGGAGGAAAUGGUGGUGGCAACGGUUUCGGAGGUGGACGACCUUCUGGUUCUCCCGGUGGCUUUGGCGGCCAGGGCGGAGGUGGCAGACCUUCGGACUCAUACUUGCCACCGUCAGGAGGAAGCGGAUUCGGAGGAGGAAAUGGACGUCAACCUGGUGGUUUUGGUCAGCAGGGUGGUAACGGAGCUGGCCAGCAAAACGGCGGUGGCGGCGCUGGAAGACCCUCCAGCAGUUAUGGCCCACCUUCAAAUGGCAACGGAGGCGGUUUCAGUGGUCAAAACGGGGGCAGAGGAUCACCAUCGAGCGGUGGUGGUUUUGGUGGAGCUGGCGGAAGCCCAUCGAGCAGUUAUGGUCCUCCUGCUGGUGGUAGUGGUUUCGGAAAUAACGGCGGUGCUGGUGGAAGGCCGUCCAGCAGUUAUGGCCCGCCAUCAAGUGGUGGCAACGGAUUCGGUAGCGGAGGCCAGGGUGGCCAAGGCGGCCAGGGAGGCCAAGGUGGAAGGCCUUCGAGUUCGUAUGGUCCACCGUCAAAUGGUAAUGGUGGAUUUGGCGGAGGAAACGGAGGCAGGCCAUCUUCCAACGGCUAUCCUCAGGGCCAAGGAAAUGGAAAUGGUGGAUUUGGUGGACAAGGUGGCAAUGGGGGUAGACCAUCGAGUAGUUAUGGCCCUCCUGGAGGAGACAGUGGAUAUCCCAGUGGCGGACCGUCUGGCAACUUUGGCGGAUCAAACGCAGGAGGUGGUGGCGGUGGUUUUGGUGGACAAGUACAAGAUAGCUAUGGGCCACCGCCUUCUGGAGCUGUCAAUGGUAAUGGAAAUGGAUAUUCUUCUGGUGGUCCUGGAGGAAACGGAUUAGACGAAGGAAACGACGAGCCUGCAAAAUACGAAUUUUCUUACGAAGUAAAAGACGACCAAUCAGGUAGUAAUUUCGGACAUACAGAAAUGCGCGAUGGUGAUCGAGCACAGGGCGAAUUUAAUGUUCUUUUGCCAGAUGGCAGAAAACAAAUUGUAGAAUAUGAAGCGGAUCAAGAUGGAUUUAAACCUCAAAUCCGAUACGAAGGCGAAGCUAAUACCGGAGCUGGAGGUGCCGGUGGUUAUCCUUCCGGCGGUGGUGGAGACUCUGGCUAUCCUUCGGGCCCAUCGGGUGCUGGAGGAAACGCUGGCUAUCCUUCUGGUGGAGGCGGUGGUGCGGGCGGUUUUGGUGGUAACGGUGGAGGCAGUAACGGAUAUCCCUCUGGAGGACCGUCCGGUGGACAAGGACAGUUCGGCGGACAGCAAGGUGGUAACGGAGGUUAUCCAUCUGGUCCUCAGGGUGGAUCUGGCUUCGGUGGUGGAAGCCAAGGAAGCGGUAGUGGCGGAUAUCCAUCCGGCGGCCCAGGAGGCAACGGUGGCAACAACAAUUUCGGGGGUGGCAAUGCUGGUUACCCCUCUGGUGGUCCAAGCGGUGGAAACGGAUUCAAUCAGGGCGGUCAAAACCAAGGAGGAAGUGGCGGUGGCUAUCCAUCUGGUAGCGGCGGAGACGCAGCGGCAAAUGGUGGAUAUCAAUAUUAAUUGCGUAUAUCACUAUGAGCAUGUAUUAUCUAUAUUUAGAUCUUUCGUGCAUUGUAUAAUGUUUAUAUCGCACGUUAUUCGUUAUGAAAUGACAAGAUGUGCUAGUAUCAGUAUUAACGUUAAGACAUAUUUUGUAACACUUUUUAUAACUUUGCGUUGCAAAUCACGUAUUAAUUAUUUUUCAUACAUUCAUAUUAUUUAUUUAUAAAAAAAAGAAAGCACUGUGCUUGAAGAUAAAAAUGUGUGUAGUUUCCGUAGCACAAAAAAAUACCGCAUUAAUAGCAAUAAAGUAUGCGGUCAACCACAA